AUGGAUGGUAUCAUGCUUGAGUUCUACAAGAUACUUCAAUCACUCAGUGGUACUUUGGCUUCUGAGUACAGUGUGCGCCUCAAAUACAGAGGACAUGGGCUUCUGUCUCCUGAAGGAAGGACCUGCCUGGAAGACUUGUCUGCGGGUUGGUCUCCUGGCCUGGAAGGGAGUACAGAGACCAGCAAGGUGGUUGGUUCCAAUGCCUUAGGUCUCCUGAGGUGGGCGUUUGAGGUGAUAGAAGACAACACGGGCGUCCGGAGGGUGGUGGUUACUCCGCAGUCUCCGGAGUGUUACCCUCCCAGUUACCCUUCGGCCAUCUCUCCGACCCACCACUUACCUCCGUACCUGGCGCAUCAUCCCCAUUUUAUUCACAACUCUCAUACGGCUUUUUAUCCUCCCGUCACUGGGCCUGGGGACAUGCCACCACAGUUCUUCCCACAGCACCAUCUUCCCCCUACAAUAUACGGAGAACAAGAAAUCAUACCACUAUAUGGAAUGUCCAGCUACAUCACCCGGGAAGACCAGUACGGCAAGCCACAGCACAAAAAGCUCAAAGACCGGCAGAUUGAUCGCCAAAACCGGCUGAAUAGCCCUCCUUCAUCCAUCUACAAAAGCCAUAUAGGCAGCUGCACGACUGUAUAUAACGGUUAUGCAAAGAGAAGGCACGGAGCAAGCAGUGGAGGAGGAGGAGGAGGCGGCGGCGGCGGGGGGGCACCAGCAGUAAAGAAACCAGAACGCAGAGCGAGAAGCAGCCCAAAGUCAAGUGAACAAGACCCACAUGAAUAUGAUUCAGAAACAAAAAGGGUUCAAGACAUUCUUUCUGGAAUGGAGAAGCCACAGGUCACAAAUAUUCAAGCAAGAACAGCUUUACUUACGUGGUCACCUCCCACCGGCCUUUUAAAUGCAGAUAGACACAGCAACGGUUUGCCUUACACCUGUACUUACGAGGUUGCCUUAUCAGAUAAAGGAAGAGAUGGAAAAUACAAGAUAAUUUACAGUGGAGAAGAACUAGAAUAUAACCUGAAAGACCUUAGGCCAGCAACAGAUUAUCAUGUCAGGGUACACGUCAUCUACAACUCGGUCAAGGGCUCGUGCUCGGAGCCGGCGAGCUUCUCCACGCCGAGCUGCACCCCGGAGCCUCCCUUCCCACCCAAGCCCUCGCACCGGACCAAGAGCUCCCUCACCUUGCAGUGGAAGGCACCCAUUGAUAAUGGUUCAAAAAUCACCAGCUACCUUCUAGAAUGGGAUGAGGGAAAAAGAAACAGUGGUUUCAGAGAAUGUUACUUCGGAAGCCAGAAGCACUGCAAGUUGACCAAGCUUUGCCCAGCUUUGGGAUACACCUUCCGAUUAGCAGCUCAGAAUGACAUUGGUACUAGUGGGUACAGCCAGGAAGUGGUCUGUUACACUGCAGGUAAUAUUCCCCAGACACCGUCUGCGCCAAGGCUUGUUCGAGCUGGUGUCACAUGGAUCACGUUGCAGUGGAAUAAAGUAGAAGGAUGUACGCCAGAGGAAGUGAUUUCUUACACCCUGGAAAUUCAGGAAGAAGAUAAUGAUACUGUGUUUCACCCAAAGUACACUGGAGAGGAGCAAACCUGUACUGUGAAGAAUCUCAGAAGAAGCACACAGUAUAAAUUUAGGUUGUUUGCUUCUAAUGUGGAAGGAAAGAGUUCUCCAAGUGAAAUUUUGGUCUGUACCACAAGCCCAGACAGACCAGGACCUCCAACCAGGCCCAUAAUUAAAGGGCCGAUAACAUCCCAUGGCUUUAGUGUCAAAUGGGAUCCCCCGCAGGAUAAUGGUGGUUCAGAAAUUCUAAAAUACCUAUUAGAGAUUUCCCAAGGAAAUUCAGAAGCCAAUCAGUGGGAAGUGGCAUAUAGUGGAUCAGCUACAGAAUAUACCUGUACUCACUUGAAACCAGGCACUUUGUAUAAACUCCGGGCAUGCUGCAUCAGCACAGGUGGACACAGCCAGUGUUCUGAGAGUUUACCUGUCCGUACGCUCAGUGUUGCACCAGGUCCCUGCCGGCCACCAAGGGUUUUAGGGAAGCCGAAGCACAAAGAAGUUCAGCUGCAAUGGGAUGCCCCUUCAUCAGAAAGUGGCUGUCCCGUCUCCGAGUACAGUGUAGAAAUGACAGAACCUGAAGAAGUCGUUUCUGAAGUGUAUCAAGGUGCUGAGCUGGAGUGCACAGUCAGCAACCUCCUUCCUGGCACGACGUACCGGUUCCGCGUGAGGGCUCUGAACGACGGCGGGUACGGGCCGUACUCGGAAGCCACAGAGGUCACCACGGCAGCGGGACCACCCAGCCAGUGCCGAGCACCUUCCCUCUCCUUUCUGUCUGACACAGGCGUCCUCAUAAGCUGGGAGAGUCCUGAAUGUUCCGGUGCUGACAUUUCUGAAUACAGAUUAGAGUGGGGAGAAGAUGAGGACUCUCUAGAACUUGUAUAUAACGGCACAGAGACUUGUUUUGAAAUAAGUGAGUUGUCAGCGGCAGCACAUUACUGCUGUAGGCUCCAGGCUGUUAACCAGGCAGGAGCUGGACCCUACAGCGAUGUAGUCACCUGCAGACUCCCCGCGUCCGUGCCUGAUGCAGUCUCCAUCCUCUCCGUGCUGGAGGACGAGCCCGUGGAUGCCUCCCAGAUGUCCCCCUCCGUGUGCCUUGUUCUGAGCUGGGAGGAGCCCUGCAACAACGGGGCCGAAAUCACCGCCUACAACAUUGACCUUGGCGACAGCAGCAUUCCCGUGGGAAACGUCACCACUUACGUUAUCCAAGAUUUGCUGCCAGAAACCUCGUACCGGAUCAGGAUCCAAGCUGUCAAUGAAAUUGGACCUGGACCAUUUAGCAACUUUAUUAAAGCAAAAACUAGGCCAUUACCACCCUUACCUCCUCGGUUAGAGUGUGCAGCAGCGGGUCCUCAGAGCCUGAAGCUGAAAUGGGGAGACAGCAGUUCCAAACUUCACGCUGCCGAUGACAUGGUGUAUAUCUUGCAGAUAGAAGACAGAAAUAAAAGGUUUAUUCCAAUUUACAGGGGCCCGAGUCAUACGUACAAGAUACAAAGGCUGACAGAAUCCACUUGUUACUCGUUUCGAAUACAGGCCGUCAGUGAUGCUGGGGAAGGGCCUUUCUCAGAAGUUUGCACCUUCUGCACUACUAAGUCAGUCCCACCUGCAAUCAAAG